GUUUACAUUAAAUGCCAGAAGGCUUAAAUACUCUUAAACUUGACUUACUUUCUCCCUUAUUUCUAGAAACGGAACUUCUGGUAGACAAUUUCGAAAGAAUCUGAAGAAAACAAUUAUGAUGUCUGAUAAACCUUACAAAAGACUCAAACGGAGCAAAAAUGAAGGAAGACAUGUUUCGUAUAUUCCUAAUACUACUGUGAAAACUGGAAGAAUAAUAUGCUCAAAGCAAGAAGUCCCUAUUAUAUUAGCCGUUUUAUUUUUUAUCACCACAUUAACAUCUUUCGCUGCACCAGUUGCAGGUUGCUCUGCAAAAUUUGAUCUAACAGAAUAUGAAUGCAGUGCUCGAGACUUACUUGCAAAAGAACGUGCAGAAGGAGAACCCAAAGCUAAAACUGGAGAACUAUUUCCAUGGAAUAAUAUAUUCCUGCCUUCUUUUAUACUACCACUGCACUAUGAAUUAUUUAUGUUUCCUAACUUAAAAACAUUUGAAAAUGUUGGAAGUGUGAAUAUAACUUUUCAAGUUACAGAACCAACAAAUUUUAUUGUUUUGCACUCAAAAGAACUUAAUUUGUCACGCAUUUCAGUCUUUGAAAAUGAUAUAAGGGAAAUACCUGUUCUUCAGCAUCUAGAAUAUCCAAAAUAUGAGCAGUUGUAUAUAAAGAUCGAUGGAAAUUUCCUGCCAAACUUGAAAUAUAAACUUUGGAUUGAGUUUCAAAAAGAACUGGAAGAAAAUAUGGAGGGGUUUUACUUAAGUUCCUAUACGACAUCAGAUGGCCAAAAAAGGUAUCUUGCAACAACAAAUUUUGAACCUACUGCAGCACGAACAGCUUUUCCUUGUUUCGAUGAACCUGCUAUGAAAGCUACUUUUCAACUCGUGAUAGUGCAUGAUAAAAAUUAUAAAGCUUAUUUUAAUUCUGAAGCCUUGCAAACUGCUCCAUAUUCUGAAGAAUUUUCUAUCACAUCUUUUCUCAAAACCGUUAAAAUGAGCACGUAUUUGGUUGCUUUUAUGGUUUGCGAUUUUAAAGAACGUGAAAUUACAAACGUUGAUGGUGUUAAGGUUAGAGUGUUAAUUCCAGCUGAACAAUACGAGCAGUCUGAAUUUGCGCUAGAGAUAGCUGCUGAUGUUCUUCAUUUUUGCAAGACAUUUUUCAAUAUCCCCUAUCCUUUAUCUAAAUUGGAUAUGGCAGCUAUUCCUGAUUUUGCUGCUGGAGCCAUGGAAAACUGGGGGCUUGCAACAUUCCGCAUGAUAAAUAUUUUAUACGAUCCUUCAGAAACAUCAUCCGAAGGUCAAGAAAGAGUGGCUUCCGUUAUUGCUCAUGAAGUGUCUCAUCAGUGGUUUGGAAAUCUUGUGACUAUGAAAUGGUGGAGUGAUUUAUGGCUGAAUGAAGGUUUUGCAAGUUUUAUGGAAUCUCUUAUUGUAGACAUUAUUAAACCAGAUUGGAAAAAGAUGGAUGCAUUUGUUGCCACAACUGUUCAAGACGCUCUCUCUAUGGAUGGUCUACAGACUUCUCACCCAAUAGUAACUAAUGCUAUUGAUCCCCUUGAAAUCGAUGCAACAUUUGAUGUCAUAUCUUAUAAAAAGGGUGCUUCUUUACUAAGCAUGUUAGCAAAUUUCCUUGGCAUGGAUACCCUAAAAAAUGGACUGUCAAAUUAUUUGAAUAAAUAUCGUUUCCAAAAUGCUCGUACUGAAGAUCUGUGGAAUGCAUUUAGUGAGGCUGAAUCAUCACAUAUAAAUGUGACGCAAGUUAUGGAUACAUGGACACGGCAAAAAGGUUAUCCUCUAAUUACAGUUACUCUUGAGCACCCUACAGUGAAAGUCAAACAAGAAAGAUUUCUUAUGACAGCUAAAUCUAAGGAUGUCCAAGCUUCAGAUGACGUGUCCCCAUACGGUUACAAGUGGCGUGUUCCAGUUACAUACGUCACUGAUCUCACAAAUACGCAAAACACUUAUUGGUUAAAUGAGCCUGAGGGCGAAUUUGUUUUACCUGCUGAAACAAAAUGGUUGAAAGUAAAUGCAAAACAAGGUGGUUUUUAUAGAGUUAUGUAUGAUCAUGGCUUAUGGAAAACUCUGACUGAAUUACUCCAGUCUAACCAUAAGACGCUUACUGCGGCGGAUCGAUCUAAUCUUGUAGAUGAUGCUUUGUCACUUUCAAGAGCAGGAAUUUUGGAUGCGAUGCUUGCCUUUAAUGUGACUCGCUAUUUGGAAAAGGAGGAAGAAUUUGCUCCAUGGGUGGCAGCUAUUUUGCAUUUUGAACAAUUAAAUUCACUUAUGCAAGAUAAUCCAGCUGUUCUAUCACUAUUCCAGAAAUAUGUGCUGAAGCUGUUAAAUCCUGCUAUUAAUAGACUGGGGUGGGAAGAUAAAGGGAGCCACAUGGAAAAAAAACUGCGAUCUAAUGUUUUAGCAGCAGGAAUACAUUACGGGGAUCAAGAAACUGUGGCGAAAGCAAAACAAAUGUUUCAAGAUUCGAUGAAAAAUGGCGUGAAAGUUCCUCCCAACUUGCGUAGUGCCGUGUAUAAUGCUGGUGUAAAAUAUGGUGGCAAAGAAGAAUGGGAAUUCUGCUGGAAAAAAUAUGAAGAAACCCAAGUUCCUUCUGAAAAACGACUACUUUUAACAGCUUUAGGAAAUACUCAAGAUGAGUCACUGUUAUCCCGGUAUUUGAAUUAUUCAUUGGACAAAACUAAAAUAAAGCCUCAAGAUAUAUUCGUGGUUAUUCAAAUUGCUGCUCGUAAUCUUAUUGGUCGAUCUUUAACAUGGAACUUUGUGCGCACAAAUUGGCCCGUAUUUUUAAAAACUUACGGUGAAGGAUUUUUUGCAAUGGGCAUCAUUAUAACUGAAGUUACGUGCCAUUUCAGCACUCAGUCGGAUUAUGAUGAGGUAAAUGCUUUCUUCAGCGGAGUAAAAGUGGGUUCGGGUAAGGAAGCUCUGCAACAAAGCCUUGAAAUAAUAAAAGCUAACAUCAUGUGGCGUGAAGGUGUUGAAGCUUCAAUUACACAGUGGUUGCAACAAACUGUCAAUUAAAUUUUUCAUAUACUGUAAUUUAGUUACGAUGAGAGAUACUGAAAUAACUGGCUUAACUGAAUAAUUCUAAAAAUCAUACUUUUAAAUAUUUUCUGAAAAACUCUUUUUAUACUUUUUCUUUUUUGAAAAAUGCUUGGAAUUUUUAUUUCUUCUAAAUUUUAUACAACAUUGUACAUUAAAAGCAUUUAAUAAAAA